AUUCCCACAUUUUUCACUCAUUUGGAUCCUAUCUCUUGAUUCCACCUCUGACAUUUGUCAUCCAUCAAGUGAACCCUUCAAACCACCAAAACAACCUGUCAAACCAGCAUCGUCACACUUGACUCAUCCCAACACAAUGACCAAGAAAACCAUCCUCGUCACUGGUGCCACCGGCCAGCAAGGCGGUGCCGUCAUUGACGCCCUCAUGGACCUCGAUAAGUCCGGCGAGAAGUUCUCCAUUCUCGCCGUCACCCGCAAAGCCGAAAGCCCUGCCGCCCUUGACCUUGUCAAGCGCUACCCGCGCGUCAAGCUGGUUGAAGGCAACCUCGACAAUGUGCCGGCCCUCUUCGAGUCGGCCAAGAUCAUCGCAGGCGAUCAGCAACUCCCCAUCUGGGGCGUCUUUUCUGUUCAAGUCUCCAUGGGCCCCGGCGUGACCUUUGACGGCGAGGUCAAGCAAGGCAAGGCCCUCGUUGACGGAGCCAUUGCCAACGGUGUUCAGCACUUUGUGUACAGCUCUGUGGAGCGCGGUGGCGAUGCCAGGAGCUGGGAGAACCCGACACCUAUCCCACACUUUCAGACCAAGAAGAUAAUUGAGGAUUAUCUGAAUGCGACGUGCGGCAAGCAGCCUGGAUCCAGGAUGGGCUGGACGAUUCUGAGGCCCGUGGCGUUCAUGGAUAACCUCAAGCCCGGCAUGCCGACGAGCCUCUUCUUGACUGCGCUUAAGAAUCACUUGGGGGAGAACAGAAAGUCUCUGCAGUGGAUUGCGGUGCAUGACAUUGGUGUCUUUGCGGCCAAGGUGUUUGACGCGCCGGAGGACUGGAAUCACACGGCGGUCGGGCUGGCGGGGGAUGAGUUGACGAUUGAGCAGCUCAGCAGGGCCUUCUCCAAGGCGACUGGAUAUCCGAUGCCGCUGACGUAUUCGUUCGCCGGAAGUCUGUUGACCUUUGUUGCCAGGGAGCUUGGCUUGAUGAUUCGCUGGUUCGCGGACGAGGGCUACAAGGCUGACAUUGAGGCGAGGAGGAGGGACCACCCUGGCAUGUUGACGAUGGAGCAGUGGUUGCUGACGAAGAGUCAGUUUAGCACGGGGGUUGACGGCGCGCAGAUUGGAGCUUGAGGCAUCUUGGAUUCAUGUGUACCUCUACUUGUAUGUGGCAGAGGGAAGGAUGGUGGGAGAAGGGAAGCGAUGAGAGGAAAAAAAACGAAAGGGAAGACAGAAGGGUUGGGGACGAGGAGGGGCACCAGAAUUACACUCCACUUUUUGUAUUGUUACCAAUGUUUAUCGUUAUUGCUCCAAA